AAAAGGGAAAUUUGACAAUAUAUGCUUAAAUAUAGCAUAUAUUGUUUUAAUAUACUAUGUAAAAAAAAAUUAAAAAAAUACUCUCCAAUUAAUUAUAAUCCCAACUUUACCCUCCCCAUUUCAAACUUUCACUCUCCCUCUAACUCUCAGUUUUCUCUCUCUCUCUCUCUCUCUCUCUCUCUCUCUCUCUCUCUCUCUCUCUCUCUCUCUCUCUCUCUCUCUCUCUCUCUCUCUCUCUCUCUCUCUCUCUCUCUCUCUCUCUCUCUCUCUCUCUCUCUCUCUCUCUCUCUCAUUCUCACGCAAACCAGACAGCCCUAACCCCAGUCACCGGACCACCCCUCACUCACCGGACCACCCACGACACCCACCCCUCACGCAAACCAGACAGCCCUCACCCCACUCACGGACCACCCCCUCACCACCCGACCCCAGCAUCCAGAGGAAAUCGCGAAACCCAUCUCAGACGACAUCGCGAACUCUUCGAAGAAGAAAUCGUGAAACCCCAGACGAGAUCGAGAAACCCCCAUUCGCGACACCCCCAAACGAAACCCAGAUCCAAAACCUUAAAAAAAGAUGGCUCCUGAACUUAAACUUCCAAUUACCUCUCAUUUCACGGGACGUCUUACCUAUCGGGGUACAGAUAGGUUCAGAUAUAUCAAGGCCAAGUUUACUGAGAUGGAUUUGGUUGAGACAGUGAAGGCUAGUCCUUUCGGACACUUUUGGGAAGCUGGAGAGUUAACUUUCUCCGGCGCGUUGGUCCACAGCCUCCUCUUACGAAAAAUGAAAGUGGACACAGAAAAGGAGGAUGAGGUUUGGUUUCAUGUAGGGAGAAAUGACAUGAGAUUCGGACGGAUAGAGUUUGGACUCAUUACUGGCUUACCUAUAGGUAGUGCCCCUACAGACGAGGAAAUACACGCCAAGUCCAACGACCAUCUAGUUCGGACUUAUUUUGAAGGGAAGAGUUCUGUUCAGUUGGACUCCCUUAUGCUCCAACUUGAGAGGUGCGAAGAUAAAGAUGAUGCCUACAAGCUUGGACUGAUCGCUUUCAUUGAAGGUGUAUUAGUAUCAAAGGAGGGCAAUGUCCAAGUUUGGCCUGAGAUGUUGAAGUUUGUUAACGAUCUCGACUUCUUCUUUAAGUAUCCGUGGGGCGAGCGCGCUUUUCGUAAGCUGAUGGAGACAUUAGGAAAGAAUAUGCAACAUUACAAGGAUAAUGUUGACAAGAAGAAGGGGAAGAAGAUUGCUCAGGAGGCAAAGUACACAGUUAGUGGCUAUGUACCUGCCUUUCAGUACUGGGCAUACGAAGCAAUUGAGAAGUUGGGGAAGAAGUAUGCCCACUGCAACGGGACCAAGUUCCCCAGAAUGUUGAGCUGGAAAACACCGGAGGGCCAGCGGAAACAAGAUGUCAAGGCAACCGACAUUGCACUGUUAUUCAACAGUCGGUUGGUGGUGAAGAAGUGCUUGUUUCCCCGGCCCAGUGAAGAGGCAUACUUCAAGAGUAUUAAUGAGGGUAGAGCCCCUCUUUGCUUUGAGAUGGACGUAGAACAAACGUGGACGUUGAUGACCAUCAACGAGGCCGUGACAAAGGCAAAUUUAGUUCCACCACCACCGGCACCUGAAGUACACGAGCCAUCUACUUCAGCAGGUCCUUCUGCUCUAACCAGUACAACUGUGGACACUGACCUUGUAAAGAGGUUGGAUAGCAUUGAGGCCCGGCUGGAGAAGCUUGAGUCCCAGCAGGAAGCCGUCAUGUUGGCACAGACGGGGUUAGUAAAUAGCCAUCUCAGUAUGAGGCGGUCCUUCACAGAGAGUCAGAAAGAUCUGAAGGAGACUCUACUGGCUAAGAUGGACGAGUUGAUGGCUAUGGUAAAAGGAGCGCCCACACCUGGAGAGCCCACAUCUGCACCGCAAAAUGAGGAACAACAGGCGAGUGAUAACGAAGAUGUCUUCCCAGAAGAUUGGGAAGCAGAUGAUAACGAGGCACCGUCAACUCCAUUGGAAGCAAUCAUCACGGCCAUUGGGGAUACACAAUCACAGGACGAAGUCCUACUUCUACCUGCACCCCCAGAAAAUGUGCCAUUUGUGAGGAAGAGGAAGCCGCCAACGUACUUGAACGACUACACUGCGGAAAAGAAAAAGAGGCGAGUUCUUCCAGAGAACGUAGACCCGGAGAGACCAGCAGACCGUAGAUUGCUUCGUACGUUCAAGAGGUGGUUGAUUGGAGACAUUCCCAAUGCUCGACCUAGGAAUGUGCACACCGGUGUUGGCGAUGUGAAGUUCUUCACAGUUUUGUUUCUUAGGUCGGAGUGGCUUCACGAUGAUCACAUAGAUGCCAUAUCACACUUGAUGAGGAGGAGACGCCAUCAUUUUCCAGAGUUGUACCCUCGACGCAUUUGGAGCUGCCAGACUGGUGACAGAAGUACGUUCGAAUGGCCAGAUGCGGUGAAACCAGUACUAUCUGGGUAUGGAGAGCCGGUACAUGCCAGGUUGGAAGGAUUUGAACUUCAUAUACUUCUUCCUGUACUUCGAUCAUCAAAAACAUUGGGUUCUUUGUUGAGGUAG